UUCACUUCAACUGUUCGUGUCUUGUCUCUGGCAGCAAGUAGAUGGCGUCUGACUACGGUCCACUAUCUUCUAGUUAGAAAGCUGAGUCACACAACGGGGCGCCGUGGUAACGGUAACAGCGAAGGAGCUGUGUGCACGUCUUUGAAAGCUUAUCAAUAUUUAUCUAUCUGUUGAAGAUGUUGACGAUCACGCUAAAAACUCUCCAGCAGCAAACGUUUAAGAUACAGAUUGACGAAGAGCUUACGGUGAAAGCCCUGAAGGAGACGAUUGAGGCAGAGAAGGGACAGGACAUGUACCCAGCCGCAGGGCAGAAGCUUAUCUAUGCAGGCAAAAUCUUAAAUGAUGACAUACCCUUGAAAGAAUACAAAAUAGAUGAGAAGAAUUUUGUUGUGGUCAUGGUAACGAAGCCAAAACCAGCAGCAGCGCCGGCACAGCCUCCUGCUCAGGUGGCUUCGGCUCCUGUCGCGGUUAGCGUGCCGCUACCUGACGUAGCUCCCACCGCCCCCACUCCCUCCUCCGCCCCCGCUACGACACCCACCCCCGCCCCGGCCCCCGCCCCCGCCUCUGUCCCGGCCCCAGCCCCGGCCCCGGUCCCCGCCACCGUCCCCACGUCCUCGGACGAGCGUCCCUCCGUCGAAACGGAGCCCGAGGCCUCCGCUCCGCCCACAGCACCCCCCGGGGGCUGCGCUCCUGCCGCGGCUGCCCCCGCCCUCCCCGACACCCCCACCGAGGACAAGCCCCUGGAGGAGCCUCUGGAACAGCCACUCGCCACCCCUCCUGCCCUCUCCUCCUCCAGCAUUGUAGAUGACCUGAGCCUUUUAGAAGAAGCGGCAUCGAUACUGGCAGUUACAGGGCAAGCUUAUGAGAACUUGGUGACGGAAAUAAUGUCUAUGGGGUAUGAGAGGGAGCAAGUCAUCGCAGCGCUACGGGCUAGCUACAAUAACCCAGACAGAGCUGUGGAAUACCUCCUCAUGGGGAUUCCCGCGGAGCCUGACCUGCCCCCCCGGGAGGUAGCUCGCCCCCCUCCUGCCACGAACCCCCCCGCUCCGGCCACAGAAGGAACCCAGCCUCCCCCGACAGCCAGCAGCACAGUGUCCUCCACCUCUUCGCCGGCCUCGGGGAACCCCCUAGAGUUCCUGAGGAACCAGCCGCAGUUCCAGCAGAUGCGGCAGAUCAUCCAGCAGAACCCGGCGCUCCUGCCCGCUCUCCUCCAGCAGCUGGGCAGGGACAACCCCCAGCUGCUCCAGCAAAUCACCCAGCAUCAGGAGCGGUUUGUGCAGAUGCUAAACGAGCCCCACGGCGGGGAGGUGGGUGGAGAGGAAGCAGAGGGCCAGGGAGGAUCGCAGACAAACUACAUCCAGGUCACUCCACAAGAGAAAGAGGCCAUCGAAAGGUUAAAAGCCCUGGGAUUUCCGGAAGGACUGGUGAUUCAAGCCUAUUUUGCGUGUGAGAAGAACGAGAACCUCGCUGCUAACUUCCUGCUUCAGCAAAAUUUUGACGACGAGUGAUUACGCGCGAGGAUAAGGAGGAGGAAGAAGAGGAGGAGGAGGAGGAGAAGAAGACUGGAGGAGAGGAGAGGAGAGGAGAGAAGGGGAGAGACGAGAGAGAAGUGUGUGUGCAUUGCAAGGGCUAGGAAGGGUUUACAGAAAAAAGAGGUGGCUGGUCCUUGGGAAUGGCACUCACUGGACGGACUUAAGCCAUGACAAGUAUUCUUCAACGUGAGCGCCACCUGUCCCAUCCCUCUGAGAGGAGUCAUCGUUCGCUCUUACACUGCUGCUGUACCCGCUGCUUGUGCCGUGUGUGUGUGCGUGCGUGUGCGUGUGUGUGUGUGUGCGUGUGCGUGCGUGCGUGUGUGUCUUUAGAUUUACAGUGGCAGUUUAUUUUCCCUUUAAUCACGUUCCUUUCUCCGCCCCCCACCCCAAACAACUAGCAAGGUGCAGGUUUCUUUGGUAUGUUUGUGCUUUGUGUUUGGGUUAUGCUCUGCCCCUGCAGAAAAGUAACGCCCGCGUUAUUAACACAGAAAACAAACAAAAUACAAAAAACAAAAAAAAAAAACCUGAAUCUGUAGAGAGCUGACAAUCGUACUUUGGACAAAUGUACAAGUGUUUGUAUGGCCGGCAGUGGGCGCUAUAUUGGUCUGCAUACAUUUAGUUUGCAUCGAUCCAGCCACUCAUUGCAUUUGCCAGAACACCUCCUGGUCCUAGAUUAAAAGUAGGUAGAUAAACAGGGUUAUUUAUUGCGAGGUAUCGGCGGAUAUCUUGAGCCCAGGCAGGGUUUGAAUGACAGCUUUAGCUUUUCCCAGGUCACUUAACCAUGUUGCUGAGGCUUACAUGCUGUGUGUUUUGACUUAUGCAAAGUGUUGAUAUUAUUUCAGUUUGUUCUGUGACAAACCCCCCCCCCCCACCCUCGGAUGAAAUUUGGAGCAGUGUGAUUUCAAAGUCUAGGCUCUCCAGGACCUGGGUUGGCCACCUCCGGCCUAGGUGUUCCAUGCUGCUCCUUUAAUUAAGUACUUGUGCAAAGAGUUUUCCUGAAGAUUCCUUUGAAAAUUCGUAUUGAUAAAAAAAUAAUAAAGGUUUUAUUGAUGCAUGUAUUUAUUGGCAGCUCAGAAGGCAAAGGCAAAAAAACAGGCAUUGAUGGGAGUUUAAAAAAAAAAAAAAAAAAGCACAGAGCAAAGGCAUAGUUUAGGAAUUAAAUGGGCUUAUAACUACCUACGCAGAUAGUCUACGAUCUUAGUGCUCAAGAACGCUCCUUCCUUUUAUUUUUUGUUUUUGUGACACUACGCAUCAAAGGAAAUAUGACUUUUACUGCUGUACCAUCAAAGAAACGUUUGAAUUGCACACUAGAGUAUUUUUCCUCUUUUCGUUCUUUUGACGUAACUGACUUGUGCAUCGUUGUGCUUACAAGGCACCAUUAUGGGUUUAAAGAAUCUGGCUCUGAAACGAAAGCUAAACUGAGUCAUGCUGAAGCUGAGCUAGGUUGUAAUGAAUAAUGUUUGUAAUGCAUGAAACUGAUGAAACUUUAACCCAAAGAAUCUGAAAUGCAUCGUGUGUUCAUAUUAUUUGACACUUUGGAUCUAACCCUCCUCCGUCUUACGGACAUUUAAUCAGUCGUUCUGGAAGUAAAGCAAACCUGACCGACCUGUUAAUUGUUUUUUGACAAAGCUACACCAUACUGACCUGCUAUUGGACAAAAUGGCUACAUAAAAUUUGCAUUUAAUUUUGCUAGACUUCUAUUAUUUAGGUAACCAACAUCAUUCUUAAUAAAAAUGUGCUGACUCUGGGCUGCAUCUUUUCGAGUUGGUUAGUGUGCAGGUUAUGUAUUUAGUCAAAAUAUGCAUAUAGAUGGUCAUACAACUUUAAUUUUAAAAUUGCAAAUAAAUUUAAAAAAAGUGAACCUAUCAAAAUUACUGAAGUAGUGCAAUCUGCUCAUUUCAGUAAUGGCAGCAUGCACAUUUCAUAAAUAUUUGAGUCAGGAUGUCUUACAGGAAGAUCAUUAUAAAAAUACUAAACCAGGACCAGGAAGCACUGUAUGAUUCUUUGUGUAUUUGUCACACAUCCAAUCCAAAGCUUUGCUGUCUGGAAGAGCUCUGAGAAACAAAAUAUUAAUUCUGUCACGAAAACCGAAUGCUCUGAAAACGAUCUCCUGGUGUGAGGCAUUGCACUUCUCCUGUUAAGUUAUUUUGCAUUGUUAACAUUGUUUUUGGGUACCAAAAUGAACCACAGUAGUAGACAUUUUACAACUAAAGCGGUCGUGGUACAUAUGGCUCACAACCAUAUUAAAUACAUUUCCCCGGCUCCUCGUAACACAGUUUGCAUGUGAUUUGAACCAUGUUGCCCUUUGACAUUUCUAUGUGAGCCACUCCCAUCCCCUCUCCUGCAUACAGCAAUUUACACCCAACAAGCCUUAUCAUUUUGCUUCUUUCAGUUUAGUUUUUGCUUGAGGUUCUUCCCAGGACUACAGAUUGCUGACCGGUCAAUUAAGAGGUGAUGCACACCGAUUUCUAAUUAUGUGCAGUUCUAAUUAGUGCCACAGUAUUACAUUUGAGAAUAUGUUUGGGGGAAACACUGGGCGUGGUGCAGGUUGAUUUAUAAAAGCAGACACACUGCUGUAUAAUGUGUUUUUAUCCUUGGCAGUAAUAAAUAAGUCGUUCUGCCCCAGUGAUAUUGGUGUAAUAUAAUGUAAAGAUGGCACUUCCACGUGAAGAAUGUUACUUUGAAAGAUGGUUGAGCUGCAUGAGUUCUUAGGUCUCCUGUUGAGUCAGCAUGCUGUAGACGCCAUUUUAAAUAUCACGCUGGUGAUGUCGUCAUUGAAUUUUUAUUUCUGUAUGUUACUCAAUUUAAACCUUUUCUUUCCUUUUGGCCUUUUUUGAAAUAAAAUGAAGCAACGACGUUAUGUUUCAGCCUUAAUCGCAUCACUUCCCGGAGGCUCAGAUGAAUGUUUCUGGGUUUCAUUGUUUCAGCAUUAUGUACAAUAAAUAGCUUUUACAAAGCUUUCAGAUGA